UCCAUCGUUAUUUAGCCCGCGUCAAUUUUGAGGCACAUCGUCCGUCAUGCCGGGGUCCGUGUGUCUCCGGCACCGGCUUGCUGAUAAUGCCGCUCAGUGUGCCACUUGGGAGCCGAAAAUCAGCGCACAUUGCUGCUUUCCUAAAGGGGCGCUCUCGGCUUUUGUUCAGAUAAAUAAUUGCGUGCAUUGUGAAUUUAUGGAGCUGAAUAGCGAAAGGAGCUGUCUUUCCGCCGGCCGUGGGAUGAGGGCGGGGGCGCUGUUCCUGUGUGGUCUUAUUACUGUGCUGGGUUUGACACAGCCGAGGUCAGCCCUGUGUCAACACAUGUCCGAAGAGUCUUGCUCAGUCCAGAUCCUCAUCCCUGGACUCAAAGGUGAGGUAGGAGACAAAGGAGAGAAAGGUGCACCUGGAAGACCUGGAAGAGUUGGACCUUCUGGAGAUACAGGACAUCCAGGGCCUAAAGGAGAGAAGGGAUUGGUGGGGCGCUAUGGAAAGAUGGGUCCUGCUGGAUCUCAAGGUUUAAAGGGGGAUAUGGGCGAUCCUGGACCCAAAGGACCCGAUGGAGAGCCGGCAGGAGUUCCUUGUGAGUGUACACCACUGAGGAAGAUGAUUGGGGAAAUGGAUAUCCUCGUGGCACAACUAUCAAAUGAGCUUAAGUUCAUAAAAAGUGCAAUACGCUCCCCCGCAGCUGUCGCUGGCGUGAAAGAGACGGAUAGCAAGGUGUACCUGCUGGUGAAGGAAGAGAAGCGGUACAGGGAGGCCGAGGAUUACUGCCAGGGCAGAGGAGGUCACCUGGUCAUGCCCAAGGACGACGCCUCCAACGCUGUGCUAGCUACCUACAUCGGCCAGGCCGGCCUCAGCCGGGUUUUCAUCGGCAUCAACGACCUGCACCGCGAGGGCCAGUUUACGUACGUUGACCGCUCUCCCAUGUCCACCUUCAGCAAGUGGAGGGAUGGAGAGCCCAACAACGCCUACGAAGACGAGGACUGCGCCGAGAUGGUGGCCUCGGGGGGCUGGAAUGAUGUCGCCUGUCACCUCACAAUGUAUUUUAUCUGCGAGUUUGAGAAAGACAGCAUCUGAGGUCCAUCACAGUCUCAGACAACAUCUACAUACUCAGGAGGGCGGGGCCAGUCAUUAUGAUUAGCAUUACAGGAAUAUUUCAACCAAUCAUUGAGAAUCUCUGAUGCCAAAUAUAGAAUUAUCAUUGUUAAAAACUGUACUUGCAUUAAUAUGUUAAACAUGAGUUUAUUCAUGCUAAAGCCAUUUAUCUGUGGAAUUCAUAAUCUUUGACUAAUCUAUUUAUUACCGCACUAAUAUAUAAGUUGUAAGGAUGCUCUGUGAAAGCACAAAUAAAUCUUUUACAGCCAAAAGUUACACCUACUGGAGUUAUUACAUUUUUGGAAGACUGUGUUUAGUUAAUUUCUUUGUUUCCCUGAAAAGCCCAAUGUAUUGUCAGCAUUCAUGACAGCACAAUGAAACCUUUCAGCCCUUCAUGCUCUGGAUUGAGUUAAUUCAGUUGAACUGUCUAUUUGGAGUAA